GGCGCGGGCUGCCGGGCUGCGCGGCUGCGCAGUACUGCCGCCGCUGUCGCCGUGGUGAGAGUGGAAACGAUGGCCGGGCCCGCGUGGAUAUCCAAGGUCUCUCGGCUGCUGGGGGCAUUCCACAACCAAAAACAGGUGACCAGAGGUUUUGCUGGUGGUGUUAAGACGGUAACUUUAAUUCCAGGAGAUGGAAUUGGCCCAGAAAUUUCAGCCGCAGUUAUGAAGAUUUUUGAUGCUGCCAAAGCACCUAUUCAGUGGGAGGAGCGGAAUGUCACCGCCAUUCAAGGACCGGGAGGAAAGUGGAUGAUCCCUCCAGAAGCCAAAGAGUCCAUGGAUAAGAACAAGAUGGGCUUGAAAGGCCCUUUAAAAACCCCCAUAGCCGCGGGUCACCCAUCCAUGAAUUUAUUGCUGCGUAAAACAUUUGACCUUUAUGCAAAUGUCCGACCAUGUGUCUCAAUCGAAGGCUAUAAAACCCCUUACAGCGACGUAAAUAUUGUCACCAUUCGAGAGAACACGGAAGGAGAAUACAGUGGAAUUGAGCAUGUGAUUGUGGAUGGAGUUGUGCAGAGUAUCAAGCUCAUUACUGAGGGGGCGAGCAAGCGCAUCGCGGAGUUCGCCUUUGAGUAUGCGCGGAACAACCUCCGGAGCAACGUCACGGCCGUGCACAAAGCCAACAUCAUGCGAAUGUCAGAUGGGCUUUUUCUGAAAAAAUGCAGGGAAGUUGCAGAAAACUGUAAAGAUAUUAAAUUUAAUGAGAUGUACCUUGAUACAGUAUGUUUGAAUAUGGUCCAGGAUCCGUCCCAGUUUGAUGUCCUUGUUAUGCCAAAUUUGUAUGGAGACAUCCUUAGUGACCUGUGUGCAGGACUGAUUGGAGGUCUUGGUGUGACACCAAGUGGCAACAUUGGAGCCAAUGGAGUUGCAAUCUUCGAGUCGGUUCACGGGACCGCCCCAGACAUCGCAGGGAAGGACAUGGCCAACCCCACGGCCCUCCUGCUCAGUGCCGUGAUGAUGCUGCGUCACAUGGGGCUUUUUGACCACGCUGCAAAGAUUGAGACAGCAUGUUUUGCUACAAUUAAGGAUGGGAAGAGCUUAACAAAAGAUUUGGGAGGCAAUGCAAAAUGCUCAGACUUCACAGAAGAAAUCUGCCGCCGAGUAAAAGAUUUAGAUUAAGGCUUCUACAAAUGCUUUUGCCUCAUUCACUCCUAACGGACUCCAUGUCAGCCUGUAUUAGAAUACCUGCCAUUAUGUAUGCAUUUGUUGCUUGUUUCUUGACAGAGUACAUUUUUAGACCUGGCCUUUUCUUAACAAAGUCUGUGCAGAGGAUGCAGGUGAUGUCCCUGGGCCUGCUUUCAAAGGACUUUAUCCAAGUGCUUGUUUUAUUUAUUAAAUGUCUAUCUGGUACACAUUUUUUGAAAACUCUAAGUGGACUGUACUGUAUCAUUUGCCAUUGUUAACCAUUUUACGCUUCAGUUACAACAGUUUUUCUUUAACUGUAAAUAUCCUGAUACAGAAUUAAUAUGAGAAAACAUAUAACUUUUUCAAGAAAAACAAUGAUUUCCUUGGUUUAUGAAAAAUAUAAUGAAAAUAAAAUAGAAUGUUGACAUAUUAGCACAAGAUGAUAUUCUUAUAAAACUAAAUGGGCACAAGAGAAAUUUCCUGGGAAAGUUUACAUCAAAAACAGUGAAUAUGGUAUAUUUCUUAGUGAUAUGGAAAGUAAAGACUGAUUUGUGCUUUAAAUGAAUUACUGAGUAUGAAUAAAGACUUCAGAUCCGAGAAAUAUAUAAUGAGAGAUGUAGUUUUUGUUAAUAAGAUAUGGGUAAUAUAUCAGGUACAAAGACACAAAUGCAUUGUGUGUUCAGUUAUUUUUAUCUUAAGAUGAUUGACUAUUCCUGGCGAGAGCUUUUAAUGAAGGAGUGAUCCUUCCUUUUCAUUGGACAUACAUCAAGCAUCGUGUGUAACGCAGCCCUUGAUCCCCUGUGCAGACCCUGAGUCAGACAUGGGAGCCGACCAUUGUGUGCGGUCACUCUUCCCCAGCAUGUCUGUCUCUGUCUGGAAGUGGACCACACUCCCACUGAUACUGCUAAAAGGCCUGACCAUAUAAAAUUUGACUGCGGUUGAGGACCCUGGGGUGCUGGCUACUAACUUUAUAUUUCACUGGCUACCCCUUCCCCAAAACACCAAAUUACCACCCUGUGCCUCAGCGCCACCAGUUGCAGACUCAGCCUGAGAUGAGUCACAGAAUCGUGCCAUCCUGGGGCUUGCCUUAGCUUUUGACCUUCAGGCACUUCCCCAUCCCUCCUCCAUUCCCCAUCCUUAGCAUGAUUUUUCUUUAAUCUUCAGACACUCACUAUUUUCAUGAACCCUUUGGUCCCACACCAACGGCAACUCAUGUCCUCCUUGGCCCUUGUGUGACAUUGCAAACCUGUGGCUUUGCGUUGUGUACCCUGGUCACAAGGGGAUUUCUUUUUUGUUUUUUUUGUUUUUGCGAUAUGCGGGCCUCUCACUGUUGUGGCCUCUCCUGUUGCGGAGCACAGGCUCCGGACGUGCAGGCUCAGCGGCCAUGGCUCACAGGCCCAGCCGCUCCACGGCAUGUGGGAUCUUCCCGGACCGGGGCACGAACCCGCGUCCCCUGCAUCGGCAGGUGGACUCUCAACCACUGCGCCACCAAGGGAACCCACAAGGGGAUUUCUUAACAACAACCAAUACCCCUGUCUGGGUCCUUUUUUAGGCUGGUAACCAGACUCACAACCUUAUAUGUAUUUCACUUUGUUUAAACUGCUGCUUCUGUUUUAUUGAAUUGUGCUAAUUAUCAGUGAUCCUUGGGUUUACACUAAUAAAGAAUUCCCAAACGAA